AUGGACGUCGAUGAGCGUAUCGAAUUGGUGCAGAAGGUGCAGGGGGAACUCUGGGAGGACCGCCUGAACGAGACGCAUCGAAGCGGCUGCCUUUGCGAAUGGGUGUCAAGCUUCCGUCGCGACCGCCUCCCCUGCCGGCUCGCGGAUAACGACCUUCGUUAUGGCUCGUACAAUGCUGGAUCCAAGUUCAUUUUUGGCGAUGGCACCGCCUGGCUGCUUCGGUUCCCGCGAGUUGGUAAGGUCCAUGAUAGCUAUGCUGACGAGAAGGUCGCCAUGGAGGUUGCUGUCAUCGAUCUUAUCCACCGUGAAACCACAAUACCGGUUCCGAAGAUCCAGGCCUGGGGCGUUGCAGCACAAAACCCUCUCGGGUUAGGUCCCUUCAUCAUCAUGGAGUUCAUCCAGGACGGCGUGAGCCUGAACGACCUGCUCAAGGACGUCAACGGCGGCACGAGACUCCUGAGGGAAGACGUCAGCGACGACGAGAUGGAGACCAUCUACAGGCAGUUUGCCAAUUUCCUGCUUCAGCUUUUUAAGCUCGACUUUGACCACAUCGGCAGCCUAGACCCUUUAACUCCAGGGCUCCGCUUCCCAAUACGGCCGCUGACUUGGAAGGCUCAUGACAUUCUCCAAACUGGAGGAGUCGACACUUUCAGUGAUAGGAACAAGGGCUUUUCAUCGACGACCAAAUACUUCCAGUACGUUGCCGAGCAAGAUUGGGAACAAUUUAUCCGCCAACCGAACUCAACGUACGGCCGAUACGAUGCCAUGGCCAAGUACCGGUCAUUUAAAGCCCUAAAGUCUUUGAUACCCAGCUUCGUUCACAGCGAGUACGACCGUACCAAGUUCAAGAUCAUCUGCGACGACCUUGGCUUGGCGAACUUGAUGGUUAGAAGCAGACAAGACCUGACGGUCAUCGGUGUGGUCGACCUUGAAUGGUCUUACAUCGGGCCCGCCCAGCUCUUGGGCUCGGCUCCAUGGUGGCUUCUCAUGGACCGGCCGACAAACCAGGCGUGGGACUGCUACAAGGGGGAGCCAACUAGAAUCGUUGCCCGUUACUUUAGAUACUUGGACAUGUUCAAACGCAUUCUGGAAGAAGAGGAGGCAAGAACACCGGGUUAUGAGAACAAAGAGCUCUCUCAGCUCGUCCGCUGGUCCGAACACUCGGGCGCCAUGUGGGUCCAUAUGCUGAUCACAGCUGGCUUCAAUGAUCCCUGCAGUUUCCCUUUCACCAAGCUGGUACAGCAUGUAGGUACUGAUGAGUGGGAAAGGCGCGAGAGAGAAGUCAGCGAAGACGAGGUUGCGGCAUUCGGCGCCCGGAAGGUGGUGCAGUUGGAACAGUACAAGUGUGACCUAAAGAGGACCGAGGCACACAUAACCCUUGUGGACGAGGGCAAGAUGAGGAAGGAGGACUUUAUUGCCAUACAUUCCCUUUCUCAAGCCCCCUUCUCAGGCAUUAAAGACCUCCGCCCCCACGACUUCACAGAACCCCACAGCAUCACACACCCUUCUAGUUCCGCACCCACCUCCCAAUCCACAACGCUCGGCCCCUACGAGCCCUUCCCCACCCAAUCCCCGCCGCGGAUUUCAUCCGGGCCCCUAUACCUUUGACUAUCACGGAAUGAUCGUGUCGGUAGAUGUUGCAG